AUGCCGCUCAAGGCGCCAAUUUUCACCACUCGUAAGAGUGCGCAAGAUGUGCGCGAGGGACGGAUCUCCCGCGUCGACUUACGCAGGGAUGGUGUAGCAGAUGCUGCAGCUGCGAUAGCUCCCAAAGAGCAGGGCACAAAGCAUCCCUUAUCAAGUGUGGGGACCACUGGGUUCGGUGUCGACGGGUGCUCAGCCAUUGCAAAGCCCAAAACGUUCGGCUUCGGAUUGGGCCUUUCUUCCUUUUCCAACUCAGUCUCCAAGGCCGGUGACAAAAUGUCAAGCCUGACGCGCAAACAGGGUGCCGCCGUCACAAAUGGUGCCGAAAGUGUCCCUGGUACUCCUACAUCGGCUCGUAACAGCCCGCCUCAGCAACCUGUUAACACGCUUAGCACCGUGACUUCAGGAAAAAUGGCGCCCCCAGCCAACCCCGAUCCUCAGCUCUUGGCCCACUACUCGCUCAAGUUGAGCGACCUGGUCAACAAGGCUUUCUUGCCUUGUGCGCCAGGUGCUGCUGCCAUGAAUAGCGCUGUGAGCGUCUCUAGCACCGUAGCUGGUGCUGCCAAGGUCAUCGGUGUCGGUGUGGGAAACGGAAUCGGUGGUCAGAGGGACACAGUUGGCAUUCCGACGCUCUCGAUUAUUUCCUACGAGGGAAAGAAGCUGCCGGACAAGAUUCGGGUGCAAGAACUCGCACAGACUGUCACAGAGCAGUUGCAUUAUGCUGCUAGCGUGGACUCGUACCUUCUCCGCGCAGUUGCAAGGCAGGUCUUGAAAGCCCUUACGCUCUUUGCCACGCGCAUCGACUCGCUGCUCAUAUCCUCCUCAAAGGAUCCCAACGUCCUCAAGAUCCCGUCCACGCCAAAGGAGGGUCGUGUUCUGCCCGCCGCGAUGGAAUUCAACAUCGGAUUGAUAGCGAUCGAAUGGAUCGUAGAAGACUCACUCGAACGCUGCCUCGAGGGUGACGGUGACGAGCAUCCCCAGCUGCCCCGCUUCGUCUCGGAGAUUCUCACGCCUGUCCGCAGAAAGAUGGAGGGCACGAUCUUGCAUGUCAUCCAGCCGAUCUUGAGUGGAACCAAGAUGAGCAUCACAACGUGCAUUCAAAAGGCCGUCACUGCACCCUUCACGCCGGUGUCUCAGCUCAAUGCUUUUGGCAGUGGUGCACCCGCCGAUCAGAAAACACCGGGUUCACCAGCGGGCACGGUCGAUGGUACGAUGACGCCUUUUAAGUCGCUCGUCUCGCCCGGUGACGUCUCGCCAUCGGGAAAAUCUGCAGACGGGGGCAACGGGGGCGGUGUCUGGGUGAAGGAGCUGGAUGGCAGACUUGCGGGCUGCCGCAGGAUGCUCGUCGCUCGAAUUGAGAACAGGACAUCCAAAGAUGGCGAAGGCUGGUUCAUCUCCGUCACCAUCUACAUCAUCUGGAAGGCUCUGUUCAUCUUAUCGGCGCGCAAUGCGGAGGCGACAUUCAUGUGCUCAGCAUUGGGGGUGAAAGGGCCCCUCCUUCAGCAUUCAAACGGUAGCAUCUCCGCCGUCGCUUCGCCCCAAGUUGCAUCGCUCUUAGACGGCCAAUCUGCCAAACGCAACCCUAGCCCUGCCCAGCUCAGUUCUGCGCUGAAAGCCGUCGCUCUGACCGGUAAAGGCAAACGCUCCGAGCCUGUCGAAUUGUCUCGCCCAAACUCGGGUCGUGCAGCGCCUGAUUGCUGGCAGCCCGUGCCGGAUGGCGGAUUCUACCGAUGCAGAAAGUCUGCACAGAUUAUUGCUGAACUACAAACUGUUGAAAGGCUUGUCAAGGAGUUCUGCAGCGGCUUCUACGACGAGCCUGCGCGUAGAAGAGCUCUGAGCUCCCACGUCGUUGUUGCGCCUUCUGUGGAUGACGAGGAUGACAAUAGCAGCUCGGAUGAACACAAUGAGGUAGAUGAGCUAGCACGGGCCGCUCUUGCUGAGGCUCUACAUGGUCUCAAGAGCAUCGUCACUUGCGUCCAGGUACUCGAGGUCAAUCCCGAAGCUGUCUCCUUGGCAUUGCGCGCAAAGGGACAGGGGCGUGAUACACAUGCUGGUCCCGAUGGCCAACAAGUGCUGCCGGCCGAGACGGUUCGCGCAUUCAGAGCUGCCCCGCCGCUCAUCCUGCUGCAUAUUCUCUACAACCGCCUGCCCACAGCCAGCGGUCGCAUCGUCGUUCCAUCUCCACCCGAGGCAUUCGGCCUGUCUUGGCAAGAAUACGAAAAGUCCAUCUCCGGGUUUAUUGGGGCCCACACCUGGGCCGAUGCACUACUCCAGGAAUGGAAACCACUCGUCGAGGCAGCGUGGCAGCAUCUGUCGACGCAGCUCGAGGAAGCUGAGAGACUGCAGGCAGCAGAGGAUCAGCAGCAGCAGGAAACGAAGCCAAAUGACAGAGCCAACAUGCCGUCCCGUACCGGUCAAUCCCAUGUGCAGGAGCCUGAAGGCCACGCAUUGCGUCGUAGCGCGAGUCAGCUUAGCAAUACUAGCAGACGCUCAAGCGGCUCAACAUGCGACUAUCAGCACAUGACGCAAUCCACAUCGGCUAUCGAUACCGAGCACAAGCAAAACAAGGAGGCCCGCAUGUCUUCGCGCGAGCCUUCGCCUGAUGCUGACUCCAAGGAGCGGCACGGGCGCACCCCUCUGUUCUGGAGGACACACAGCGGCUCAUCGCGUGGCUUUAGCCUCUCAACGCUCUCACGCACCGCAUCUCCGAGACCUAGAGGCCCUUCAGAAAUGGGCAUUAUCGUUGGCCCCAACGCCGACGCCGCUGUUACGGCCAGAUUUCUGGUGGAGGAGAUGCGCACAGAGAAAAAAGCGCUGAGGAGGUUUGGGGGCAAUCUGGAAGCAAUUGCGUUGCACAUGGGCAAGGAGUACACACUGAGUCUGUAA